AGCGGCAACCUUUUUAAGAUUUGCAGAUUGUAUUCCACAGGCAAUGGCUCCACUACUACAGGGAACAGGCUUCAUCACAGGUGCUGCAUCAGGUAUUGGAAAAGCCACGGCGAUUUCAUUUCUCCAAAAUGGUGUAAAACAACUGGCGAUUGGUGACAUCAAUGUUGAAGCUAUCAAUAACACCGCGGCGGAGAUCCGACAGGCAUUUCAAGACGCAUAUAUUCUUCCAGUACUGGUCGAUGUGACGGAUGAACAGUCAAUUGAGAGAGCCAUCCAAGAGGUCGUCAAGGAAUUUGGGCGGAUUGACUACGCCGUCAAUAAUGCCGGCAUUGCUGGUGCGAACACGCCCAGUGCGGUGACCAACACCGUCGAAUGGCAGAGACUGUUGAACGUCAACCUGAACGGUGUCUGGUUGAGUUCCAGGGCUGAGAUCCGACAGAUGCUUCAGCAGGAGCCAUUGAAGCCUGAACAAGGCAGAGGGGUCAUCAUUAAUGUAUCUUCGAUGUUUGGUGUUGUAUCCAGUCCCAAAAGCAUUCCAGCUUGUGCUUAUACCGCCGCCAAACACGCCGUUAUGGGCAUGACCAAGGCCGAUGCGAUCACGUACGCCUCUGACGGAAUCAGGAUCAAUGCAAUCUGCCCAGGAUAUGUUGGCACUCCAUUGUUUCUCUCUGCUCUCCAAAGCGAGGUCAUACAGAAGGAGAUAGCAAAGGUUCCUAUGGCGAGGGUUGCUCAGAUGGAUGAGAUUGGAGACGCCAUCUCAUUCCUGGCCUCCCCUAUGAGCAGUUAUAUGUGUGGAGCUGCCUUGGUAGUUGACGGGUAA